AUCACAAAAAAUAUAUGUUUAACUUUGGUAUUCAACCAAAAAAAACUUUACUAUGAUGUAUAUAUUGAUGUUCUUCUUCCGACGUAACACGUUGCGAUUAAAACCCUCGGUUUUAGGUUUGAUUGGACUCAUAAGAGAGGUCGUUUUCAUGAAAAAACAAUAGAAAGGCUAAUGGACCCUUUUAUGACCCUGUCUUUUUUCUUAAAGACUGGAUUAGAGAAUUGUACAACAAUUUAGUGAUGUACAAAUCAUGUCAAGUGAAAUCUUUAUUAAACUGAAAUGCUGGUAGCUAGUUCAACCAUUUAUAUUGUUGUAUGGUUCUAGAAAUUAUUUUCUUAAUAACAUAUAAUAUGUGGGUUUGCUGCAUUCGAAUGGUGACACAACGCCAAUUCUAACACAAAUAAUUAGGAUACAUGUUUUGGUCGAAUUUAACACAAAGCGUUAGGACACAACAAUGGUUUAAACACAAGUCACUAGCCACAAUGUAAUACUAUAAUUUAGGCAAACACUUUUCUAUAAGUGUCAAUUUUAUUCUUAUAAUCCGGUAUAUGUACACAUUCUGGUGUUGAUAUCUUUAUAUAUAGCAUUCAUUAAUAAUUUAAUAAAUGCCGCUGCAAGCCAAUCAUUUGAACAUUUAGAAGUUAAAUUAAAUGGACUAAAAUAAUCAAUUAAUCAUCUUGAGAAAUAAUUUUCCAAAAACAAAAUUCCAAAUUGCAUAAAAGUCUUCUCUAUAUAAACCCUCCUCAAUCCAAACCAAAUCCCCAUCAAUCAUCAUUACAUAUUUUCUUGCCCUAAAAGUGAGUAUAAAUAACACUAAAAAGCUCCCAGUAAGAUGUGUGAUAACAAUAACACAAGUUGUGUCAACAUCUCAAGUAUGCUUCAGCCUGAGGACAUUUUCUCCCGUCGUUGCAUCUGGGUGAACGGGCCGGUCAUCGUCGGUGCUGGCCCAUCAGGCCUAGCUGUCGCGGCCGACCUGAAACGCCAAGAAGUUCCGUUUAUAAUCCUCGAGCGAGCUAACUGCAUAGCUUCUCUGUGGCAAAACAGAACCUAUGAUCGUCUCAAGCUUCAUCUCCCCAAACAAUUCUGUCAACUACCUAAUUUACCCUUUCCGGAAGAUUUCCCGGAGUAUCCAACCAAGUACCAGUUUAUUGAGUACCUUGAGUCGUACGCAACCCACUUUGAUCUCCGCCCAAAGUUCAAUGAGACUGUUCAGUCAGCUAAAUAUGACAAGAGGUUUGGGCUGUGGCGGGUCCAGACUGUUUUGAGAAGCGAGCUGCUCGGUUAUUGUGAGUUCGAGUAUAUUUGCAGGUGGCUCGUGGUAGCGACCGGAGAAAAUGCUGAGAAAGUGGUGCCGGAGUUUGAGGGUUUAGAAGAUUUUGGUGGUGAUGUUCUUCAUGCUGGUGAUUACAAAUCUGGUGAGAGGUACCGCGGAAACCGAGUUCUGGUAGUCGGAUGUGGAAACUCCGGCAUGGAAGUAUCUCUCGAUCUAUCAAACCACGAUGCAAGCCCAUCAAUGGUCGUUCGUAGCUCCGUUCAUGUAUUACCGAUAGAGAUUCUUGGGAAGUCAACGUUCGAGUUAGGUGUAACAAUGAUGAAAUGGAUGCCGGUUUGGCUUGUGGACAAGACUCUGCUCGUUCUCACAAGGUUACUUCUGGGGAACACCGAUAAGUACGGGCUUAAGAGGCCUGAAAUGGGACCGUUAGAGCUGAAAAACACCGUAGGUAAAACUCCCGUACUAGACAUCGGGGCCUUUUCAAGAAUCAAAUCGGGAAAGAUCAAAAUCGUCCCGGGAAUAGCUAAGUUUGGUCUGGGAAAGGUCGAACUCGUGGAUGGUCGAGCUCUGCAGAUUGAUUCAGUCAUUCUUGCCACUGGUUACAGAAGUAAUGUCCCUUCAUGGCUUAAGGAAAACGACUUGGCAGAGGUUGGGAUAGAGAAAAACCCAUUUCCAAAAGGGUGGAAAGGGAAGGCCGGGUUGUAUGCGGUGGGGUUCACCGGAAGAGGACUCUCAGGUGCAUCCUUCGAUGCAAUGAGUGUAGCUCAUGAUAUUGCCACUAGCUGGAAAGAAGAAACUAUGCAACAGAUCAAAACUGUGGCUAGUCGCCACCGUCGUUGUAUUUCACACUUUUGACUCUCACUAUUUAUAUAAAACUUAUAUGAAAAGAGGUAAAAAAGAGAGGAUUGAUUAGUGUUUGUGAUGUGAAAAUCAAAGAGAUAAGCCCUCUCCAUGGAAGAAAUAACUGUGAAAUGUGGUUGAGCUUCUUUUCUUGAAAGGAUGAUGUGGCUUUCCAUGCAUUUAAUUUAACGUAUUCUUUUACAUUUCAAUUUAUCUUUUGUUGGCAACUGUGUUUGAUUAGAGCUGAUCUAGAGAGUUUAAACAAAAUAUAUGAACAUGUGUCCGAAA